AUGAGCCCCAAGCAGCGGGUGCUCCUGCUGCUGCUUCUCCUGGCGCUAUGUAGCGUGCGGGGCAUCGUGACGCCCGAUGCGCCGUCCGAUUCAGUGCCGGGUGACAGCACUGCCGCCUCUCCGAGCAAAACGGAAGCGUCGGCCUCGGAGCCGACGCAGAACAAUGUUCCAAGCGGUGAUGCUCACGCCACCGAGGCUUCCUCGAGCCCGCAGCGCAUUAAGGAACCAGACGAACCCACGACGGACACGGAGCUAGCGGAUGAAGACGUAGACCCUCUACUGGAUGUACCCAGCGGUCUGUUUGAGGUGGUGGACGUCGACAGCGUGGACAACCGCAAGCGCCAGAACUACGCGUCACUGGACGCCGGUGCUACGAUCCUGGACGCAGCGCCCGACACUAAGAGCCCCACAAACCUGUUAGUACCGGACAAGGACCGAUAUAUGCUCACACCGUGCUCCAACCCUCGGAAAUGGGUCGUCAUCAGCCUCUCGGAAGAUGUGCACGCGGACGCCAUUGCAAUCGCCAACUAUGAGAAAUUCUCGUCCCCCGUGAAAGAUUUCAUCGUACUGGGGAGCGUCAAUUACCCUACGGACACGUGGCUCGUGCUGGGCAACUUCACGGCAACACACACAAACGGAGAGCAGAUUUUCCAGCUGGACUCGCAACAACACGUGCGCUACAUCAAGUUCCGCUUCCUGUCGCAUUAUGGAUCCGAGUAUUACUGCACGCUGAGUCAACUGCGAGUGUUCGGUCGGACGUUUACGCAAGUGAUUUCUCAGCUGGAAAAGAGCAUCGACGCUGAAGCGGAAGCUCUGGACGUACAGGCAGCGAUCCCGGCCCCGAAGGUGUCGGCUUUGCCCGCCAGCGUCGAGGUCUCAGUGCCUCGUCUCCCUGACCCGACGGAGCUCACGAGUCAGUGCCUAAUGGAGAAGAACAACACGGUUGUGGCUAUUUUCUACAAUGAAUCCCAGCGGACUGAGCACUAUCGAAGCAAUGGAAUGUGCUGCCUAGUCGACUAUACACCAGAGCAGAUUGAAGCAGAAGUGGCAGCUAGUUCCAGUAAUAAUGAGCACUUGCCUGCGACGAGUUCAGAAGCAGUUGAUGCGGACGCUGGGGAAGGCUCAGUGUAUUCUUCAGGCUCGUCGUCCAGUGGUGCAUCCAGUUCGAACACCACCACGUCGAACGUUCCUGUCGCCAAUGCCAACGCUACUGCACCCAGCAACACUCCAACAACAUCUUCACUGCUGUCAACUUCUCACGGAUUUCCAGCGUCAUCAACACAAGGUCUUGGACGCCUGGAGAGCAUUUUCGUGCGUAUCACCAAGAAGAUCCAAGCUUUAGAGGUAAACCAGAGCGUCAUGUCGAGGCAACUCGAGGAAUUUCACGCUCACCAAUGGGCAGCCAUCAAGAUGUUGCAGGCGAAUCAAGAAUCUCUGAACGAACAGCUGAAAGAAAUUCGCUCCAUGAUCGUGGACCUGAAAGAUCAUGUUGCCAAAGAACUGUCGACUACCGAGAAAACCUUGCAGACCUAUGGUCGGCUACUUGAUGAAGUUCGACGGGAUAACAUCGCGCUCUGGAACGAAAUGUUGAUCGUACGCGAAGUGAUCACGACCAUGAAGGCAGGAAUCCUCUGCGCUAUCGUCCUGUCAGGCUUCAUCAUCCUCUUCUACCUGCUUCGACUUCUGUUCCGCUGUGUGUCCAAAUGCAAGGAGCGUGCUGAUCUUCGAGAAUGGUUUUGGCGGAUGGAAAACCACGAGAGCAGCUCCGACGAUCAAGGCAAGAAAGACGGCAAUAUGGCUGCAGGAGCUCUUCGCGUGAACCGGAAAGCCCAGUUCGGUUCAUCCUGGGACGACUCAGCUAUCGAACGGAAGACUCUAGUGAGUGACAUGGUUGGUGAAGGCCCUCAUAAGUUCCGUCGCCAUCGAGCAAAACGAGCAAGUCAGCCGGCGAUGGCUUUAAAACGCUCCAGAAAGUGA